AAUAUCAAAGUGAAGCCAGAUACAAAACCUGUCUUCAGAAAGGCAAGACCAGUGCCAUACGCACUAAAAGACACAGUUGAAAAAGAGCUAGAUAGGCUGGAAAAAGCUGGUAUUAUCUCAAAGAUAGACCAUAGUCAGUGGGCUGCCCCGAUAGUAGUUGUACCCAAAUCAGACAAGUCAAUUCGUAUCUGUGGAGACUAUAAAGUCACGGUUAAUCAAAGCGUGGAAGAGGAGACCUAUCCACUACCGAACGCCGAGGAUCUCUUCGCCACACUGGCCGGGGGCACUCUCUUUAGCAAAUUAGAUCUCUCACAUGCCUACCAACAGCCUGAGUUAGGGAAGGACUCAGAGAAGUAUUUAACAAUAAAUACCCACAAAGGACUGUAUGUUUAUCACAGACUUUCAUAUGGAGUGUCGAGUGCACCUUCUAUGUUCCAGAAUGUGAUGGACCAGAUACUACAAGGCUUAGAGCAUGUGACCUGCUUCCUCGAUGACAUACUAGUCACAGGCAGAACAAGAGAGGAGCACCUGAGGAACCUAGAUGAGGUUUUGAGCCGACUGGAGAGCUACGGGGUAAGAGUGAAAAGAGCAAAAUGUGACUUCAUGCAGGAGAAAGUAGAGUACCUGGGGCAUCUGAUAGAUAAAGAGGGACUUCACCCCACUGAGACAAAGGUUGCCGCCAUCGUAAAUGCACCCCAGCCCACAAACGUCACAGAGCUACGGUCAUUCCUAGGACUGUUAAACUAUUAUGGCCGUUUCAUGAAAGAUCUGUCGACCAUAUUGCAGCCACUACACCAACUCCUGAAGAAGGAAGUCGAAUGGAAAUGGACACCAGAGAGUGCAGCAGCAUUCAAGGCUGCCAAAGAACAGUUAGUGAAAAGCUCAGUAGUAGUACACUACGACACGCAGAAACCACUGAGAUUAGCUUGUGACGCAUCCCCUUAUGGGAUAGGUGCGGUAAUGUCACACAUAAUGGAAAAUGGGGACGAGAAACCAAUCGCCUUUGCGUCACGUACGUUGACAGAGGCAGAGAGUAAAUAUAGUCAGAUAGAGAAGGAGGCGUUGGCCAUAAUAUUUGGCGUGACCAAAUUUCAUAAAUAUCUCUAUGGCCGCAAAUUCAGUUUAAUAACUGACCACAAACCCCUCCUUGCCAUCUUAGGACCCAAGUCAGAAAUCCCUACACUAGCCGCUUUGCGUAUGCAGAGAUGGGCACUGAGGCUUAUGGCUUAUGACUACAGUAUAGAGCCGUACUUCAACCGAAGGAAUGAACUGUCUGUGGAACAAGGAUGCAUUCUGUGGGGAAUUCGAAUUAUCAUCCCACCAGCACACAGAGAACGACUACUGUACGACCUACACCAAGGGCACCCCGGAGGGUGCAGGAUGAAAAGUUUGGCGAGGAGCUAUUUAUGGUGGCCUCAGUUGGACAGUGAUAUCGAACGUGCAGUGCAGCAAUGUGAUGCUUGUCAGAGUGUGAGGAAACUACCAGCAGUAGCACCACUACAAUGCUGGCAGUGGCCUACGAGAGUGUGGCAGAGGCUACAUAUUGACUUUGCAGAGAAGGAUCAGCAACACUUUCUAGUGUUAGUAGACAGUCAUUCAAAAUGGCUUGAGGUGAUCCCCAUGGCAACAACUACCGUCGCCAAAACGAUCGAAGUGCUGCGGAGCAUCUUUUCGUCCUACGGUCUUCCUGAGGAGAUCGUCUCGGACAACGGUCCACAAUUCACCUCACUGGAGUACAAAACAUUCCUGAAAAGCAACGACAUUAAGCAGACCUUGGUGCCAGCUUACCAUCCUGCUUCUAAUGGUGCCGCAGAGAGAGCAGUCCAGACGGUGAAAGCU